UAAGCAUAGGGAACAGGCCUGGGUUCUGCAUUAUUUAUGAGUGGCGUGUCUGAGGACAUGUGAGCCGCUCGGAUGCAGCUUGGUUACGCUGAUCGUCCCUAACCUCUGAUGUGUGCAGGACCCUUCACAGAUGUGGUGACCACUAGCCUGAAGCUGAGGAACCCGUCUGACAGAAGAGUAUGCUUCAAGGUGAAGACCACAGCUCCUCGCCGCUACUGCGUGCGGCCCAACAGCGGCGUGAUCGAUCCCGGCGCCAGCGUCAGCAUCUCAGUCAUGCUGCAGCCGUUUGAUUACGACCCUAACGAGAAGAGCAAGCACAAGUUCAUGGUGCAGUCCAUCUUGGCGCCGGCAAGCGUGAGCGACCUGGAAGCCAUGGUGAGCCACUUCAGCUCUUCUUCA